UCUGACUUCAUCACGUUGAUUUUGCGUCCUGACCCCUGAGCCUUAGCUUCCUUACGCGCGCACCCGAGCUUCUUUAACACAGAGCGCGCUCACGUCGGGCAGCAGUGCAUGUGAAUUUGUCUUCCAUGUCAAACUGUGACCGGGAGAGUAAUUGACUCAGACAUGGCGGGAGGACGCCGGGGGCCAAACCGGACGUCCUACUGCCGGACUAACUUUUGUGAGCCAGGGUCUUCAGGGGGUCCAGCCCAUGGAGGAAAUUCUGCUGUCGGUGGAGUGAGAUCCAGAGCCAGGAGUAGCUCCAGCACUGGUAUGUCCAGUCCCCCUCUGGCAGCUCAGACUGUGGUGCCACUGCGACAUUGCAAGAUACCUGAGCUUCCUGCCGACCGUCACCUCCUUUUUGAGCUGCAGCUUUUUUUCUGUCACCUUAUCGCCUUGUUCGUGCACUACAUAAACAUCUACAAGACUGUCUGGUGGUAUCCAUCUACCCACCCUCCAUCACACACUUCUCUGAAUUUCCACCUAAUUGAUUUUAAUGUGCUGACCCUUACAACCAUUGUGCUAGCGAGGAGAUUGAUUGGAGCAAUUGUAAGGGAGGCCUCUCAAGGAGGAAAGUCUUCCCUACCGCACUCUCUGCUGCUAGUAGCUACACGGUUCGCAGUGCUUACCGGAACAGGCUGGAGUCUGUGUCGCUCCAUUAUUCUUCUUUUCAGGACACACUCCUUCCUCAAUUUGCUUUUCCUGUGCUACCCGUUUGGUAUGUACAUUCCUUUCCUGCAGCUAGGCUAUGAUUUUCGGCGAUCAAAUCUUUUUUCCCCUGUGCCUGGUUCCCGUGUUAGUGGAGAAGUGGAGCGGGGAGGACGAGAUUACUUUACAAUUCUGCAGCACAUGUGGAGGUUACACAUGCCGAACACAGACCCACUCCCCACACACGCGUGCUGCCUUUCUCCUGAUCUGAUCCGCAGCGAGGUACACUACCUGAAGCUGGACUUCAACUGGCGUGUACGGGAAGUGCUGCUCAGCUCCAUGCUGUCUGCCUACUAUGUGGCGUUUGUGCCUGUUUGGUUUGUAAAGAGCACACAAUAUUAUGAUAAGCGGUGGUCCUGUGAACUGUUUCUGCAAGUAUCCCUGAGCACCUCAGUCAUUCUUACCCAGCACCUCCUGCCUGCACGGUAUUGUGAUCUGUUACACAAGGCCGCAGCUCACUUAGGCUGCUGGCAGAAGGUGGACCCAGCCCUCUGCUCCAAUGUGCUGCAGCACUCGUGGAUGGAGGAGUGCAUGUGGCCACAGGGAGUCCUGGUUAAAUACAACAAGAAUGUCUACAAAGCAGUUGGCCAUUACAAUGUGGCCGUUCCCGCUGAUGUUUCGCACUUCCGCUUUCAUUUUUUUUUCAGUAAACCUUUGCGUGUCUUGAACAUUUUAACAGCCCUGGAGGGAGUUCUAAUCUUUUACCAGCUCUACUCGCUUCUGUCCUCAGAGAAGUGGCACCAUACCAUCUCCUUAGCUCUGAUUCUUUUCAGUAAUUACUAUGCCUUUUUUAAACUGCUACGUGACCGUAUCGUGCUGGGGAAAGCAUAUUCCUACACUGGUGUCUCAGAUACUGAACAGAAACUGAACUGACAACUCCCACUGCACCAGAGCUCUGUAUUUUUGUUACAAAUGCUUUGUUUCUUUGUGUAAUUAAAAGAAAGAGCUUAUUUUUUUACUAUGA